GCCAAGCAGGUUCGUGCGUACGACCUUACAUGCAACUUCCCUACUCGGGCUGGAAAUGAAAGGGAAGGCAAGAGGGAAAAAUCAAAUUACCUUGAGGCUUCUCGGUCAUUAGGGAGGCUCAGCCUCAUUCGCGAUCCGUCCCGUAUUUGUCUUGCUUCUUCUUCCCCCCUUGUCUCACUCAAAAUUCAUCUGUGACGCAUUCACUUGUGAAACCUUUCAUCCGUCACCGGCCUUUCAACUUUCCUUUACAAGCGCACUCGUACAUCGUUACUCUGCGGCAACAUUCAGUUCAACCUGUCACAUAGAUACUUUGUCAAUUCCGGCGGGACAAAACAAGAGAAAUCGGCGAAAUCACAGUAACCAAAUGGACAAGCCUCAAAGCCCACCAGUCACAUUUGCACCAGACCCAGACGUCAAAUCCAGGGACCAACCAAUGGAUCACAUCUUCAAGGCCGUAACGUGGUCUGAGAAAGAAGAUGAACGGCAGCAGAACGAGAGACGCUUAUCCCUCGAGGCCCAGGGCCAAGACAAGGUCACCCGCUGGAUGAGAGACGGACUACAGGUUCUCUAUUGCGAUCUUCUGCCAGACAUCUCCAGCGUAGUACGCCCAGUUGACAAGUCCGGCAGUUACAUGGACAUGCUGCCAUGGUGGAACCCGGAUUAUGAGUCCAGUACAACUCUAUCAACUACCGAGAGGGUUUCCCCGAUUCCCCAGGUCAAGACCCUAUUGUCUCCUGAUGAGCAACAUACCGACGACAUCAAACGCGAGAGGGCGUUCCAUGACCUUCUGGCCAAAGCUGGGGGACGCCCCUGGUAUUCCAGUGAGCUCAUCGACCAAGUCGCCGAGAAUCCAGAAAACCACGCCGAGCUUCUUGAGUACUGGAAACAAGACGCUACCGGAUCGGGGAAGCAAGAAUGGAUGGUGUUUGAACGCCAGUUGGAAAGGUGGAACCAGUUUUGCCGUUAUCAGCUGAGAGUUAGACGAAACCGGGAUACAUUUGACGAAUACCUGGCGCGAUGUACGAAGUGCCUAUCUAAACAGUCGCUCACCACGCCACUUCAUAUGAAACCAGAUCCGACAGACCAGGAUCCAUUAUCACAAUGGCUUGAGUACCUAUGCUUUGAGGUGUCAGAGCGCAAAAAAUACUCGUGGUAUAAGCGCUAUAACCAGCAGUAUGAAAGCGCCUGGCAGACACUCGUUGACUCCAAGUUAUUGGAAUUGCAUGAAGACCGAGAUCAGAUUGAAGCAGCAGGAUAUAUAUCAGUACCAGAUGGUGAAAGGACCAAACUAAGACAAGCCGUGGAGGUGGCCAGUUCAAACGUCUUAUUAGCGGAACGGGAUCUGUUGAACCCAAGUGUCAGGGGGCCAGUAGCACAACGGAAGCUCUUCGAGACUCAAGCCAAGCUAGACUCUGCAAUCGAAGCUUUUGAUCAUUUGCAACGUCGGGGGGAUGCGAUCAAGGUGUUUCUCCAGACCACCUCUGCCUAUCGCGAGGCAAGGCGUGGAGCCCUGCGACACCAAAUGCUUUUACGAUGGAUGCGGCAACAGGUCCCGUUGAUAGAGGAGGAUCUUGGUUUACCGCCUUCGACAGGACAUGUGGUUGUGGAUGACGAUGUGCUUUUGGAGACUGAUAGCGACGAGAGCGACGACCAGAAACUGAGUAUUGGCUCUUCUCGCACCGAGUUGAUGGACACACUUGCCGGGCUGCAACGAAAUGAAAGCAAAAAGCGUCUUGCGAGUAUUUCGGCAGAAGUUAGUCGGACCAACAGCAAUGUUCCCCCGAAGCGCUUCAAACAUGUGGGCGAUGAUGAAGACGAAGCGAGCUAACAGUAAGAGAUGAUGGGUCACAUUUAUGUUUCUAUGGGAAUCUCUUUGACUUGCUGACGGCGUUAUCUAUUAUGGUUUUGAGGAGGAGUUAGGAAUCACUUGGAUGUACGUGGCAUGGUGGAUCUGUAAGAGCAGGAAAACGGAGUCUGGUCAAGCUUAUAAGAAGAAGCUACAUUAACCUUGUAAGAUAUGUGAAGCUCAUUGGCGAUUUAUCAAGACAAUUUUAAAUGUUUGCAUGUAUACUCCAGAC